UAAGUUUGUCUACUUACUUAGGAAACACCCUGUAUAUGCAUAUACUAUAGUGCAUUCAUAUAAAAUAAUGAUGUAGAAAAUUCUAAAUCUAACACAGGACAUACAUGAAUACAAUUUUCGAGUGUAAUUUUUAUUGAAUAAUUUAAUAAUUUGCAUACAAUAUUUAUAUUUCCAAAUUACUUAUGAUAAUAAUGUAAUAUAAUUGAUAACUUUUUAAAUAUAUAGAUACAAACAUAUUCAUAUCCAUGUAUGAGAUUUUUAUAAAAAACUUGCUUCCCCUUCAUUCCUAUUUUCUCGUUCUUCAUCCCUUGGUGCGCGAAGUAUACGCGCUCAAUGCGAGCGAAUAACUUUCAACGAAAUUUAGUCGAAUUUACAGUCGAAUUAGGCUUGCUGUUCUGGAAAACUCGAUCGCAUCGGGUCCGGGAUAUAAUUAACGCCGCAGGAGGAAGACGGAACGUGCGAUUACUUAAUGACGCAGUACCGCGCCGUGGUUUUAUCGUGGAGUCAUUUCCGCGGGAUGCCGCAGUAUCCUCUCGGAUCGCGGGCGUUUGGCGCGUCGCGCGUCGCCUCGUCGUCGUCAAAGGCACGUUGGCGUUAACGGCGAAAUAAUGACACGCUGCUGGACGACGGGGUGCUUCUUUCUGUUCCUGAUGGCGAUGCAGCACCUCGCGCCCGUAUCCGCGCGGCGCAUCCGGGACCGGGAGGCGGUUUGCGAGUCCCAGCAGAGCUGCGCGAGCUGCCUGCAAGCACCGCGCUGUGCAUGGUGCUCCAUGACGGCAUCCGGGCAGAAUACGAGCGUUCCUUUACUACGUUGCGUAUCGAGAGAGACAUAUUUGAAGGAAGGCCGUUCUUGGUGUCCAGAAUCGGACGUUGUGUAUUAUAAUAAUACGGAGGAGACUCUCGAGGAUCUACCGUUGUCCUCCGACAAGAAGAACUCAGUGCAAGUCCAACCCCAAAGGAUGCAGUUGCGUCUCAGGCGAGGAGAGGAACAUCGCCUGACGCUGAGAUACAGCCAAGCCGAGGAUUACCCCGUGGAUUUGUAUUAUCUCAUGGAUUUGUCUGCAUCCAUGGAGCCGUACAGAAAUGAUCUGUCGGAACUCGGAUCGCUAUUGGCGGAGACCAUGCUAAACCUCACGUCGAAUUUCCGCAUCGGUUUCGGCAGUUUCGUAGACAAGGUCAUUUUACCGAUGACUAACACGCAGCCUGAUAAAUUGGAGUCUCCCUGCACGUUGGACAUUGGAAAAUGUGCACCACCCUACAAUUAUAAAAAUCAGAUGCCUCUUACAGAGAAUGUCACUCUAUUUAAGGACCAGGUACAAGCGGCGCCGAUAUCGGGCAAUUUGGACGGUCCCGAAGGCGGGCUGGACGCGAUGAUGCAGGUCAUGGUAUGCACCAAGAAAAUCGGCUGGCGCCAAAAAGCACGUCACCUUAUCGUGUUCUCGACCGACGCGGUGUUCCAUAUCGCCGGCGACGGUAAACUUGCAGGGAUAAUCGAGCCGAAUGACUGCUUAUGCCACUUGGACGAGAGCGGAUUUUACUCUCACUCACUUCUACAGGAUUACCCGUCGAUCUCCCAGCUGAACAGAAAAGCGCGUGAAUACGACAUGAGCAUUAUAUUCGCCGUGCCUGAUCACAAGAAUGGAACCUAUCAGCGAUUGAGUCGGCGUAUCAGUGGAUCGUCCACAGGAACUUUGAGAAAAGACUCGAAAAACGUUGCCGACUUAGUGAAGAAGGAGUAUGAAAAAUUAGUGGACUCGGUGGUGCUGAUUGACACGGCACCAAAGGUGCUCGACAUUAAAUAUUUCUCUCGAUGUUUGAACAAGACGGGAGAAUUGUUAGAACGGCGGCAAUGCGAUGGAAUUCGUACAGGCAAUGUUAUCGAGUUUGAAAUCGUGCUCAAGGUUGUGGAAUGUCCCAAGGAUCCGAAGGAUUGGCGUCAAACCGUGGAGAUCAAACCCCGUGGCUUGAACGAGAGCUUGAUCAUCGAUUUGGAGAUGAUCUGCGAUUGCCCGUGUGAGAGACAAGGACAUCCGGGAUUUCGACCAAACGCUACGGAGUGCAAGGAGAGUGGCACGUCCAUGUGCGGCAUUUGUUCCUGCAAUCCUGGUUUUUACGGCAAGCAGUGCGAGUGCGAGGGGAAUGAGAUGGGCGCCGGAAACUUGAUCUCGAUGGCCGACUGCAAACCAGACAAUCAGACCACCGAGAUCUGCAGCGGCCGCGGCACAUGCAAGUGCGGCGUCUGCGACUGCGACAAACGGCCGCACAAUCCGCAGGAAAUGUUCUACGGCAAGUAUUGCGAGUGCGACAACUUCUCGUGCAAACGCAGCGGUGGCCAGCUCUGCGGCGGACGCGGCAAGUGCGAGUGCGGUACCUGCAAUUGCCUGCCGGAAUGGAGUGGCGAAACGUGCGACUGUAAGGAGACCAACAGCACGUGCAUGCCGCCGGGCGGAAACGCUGAAAUUUGCAGCGGACGCGGUCGCUGCAUCUGCGGUAAUUGCCAUUGCCAAGAACUGCAAAACAUCCGAUACUCUGGACAAUACUGCGAGGAGUGCCCUUUGUGUCCAGGACAACGAUGCGAAGAGCUGAAGAAUUGCGUGGAGUGUACGGUGCACAAGACAGGACCGUACGCAAAUAACGGCAAGUGCGUGUGCGUACACGAAAUCGAAACGGUCGACGUUGUCGAAGAAGAUCCUGUGAAAGACGAGCAGACUGGCGCCCGCAUAUGUCGAACACCCGGUGAUGCAGGUUGCACGUUCGUCUUUAAAUAUCAAUAUCACAGAGAAGGUACAGGCGGAGAUAUCAAAAUCUUCAAGAUCCAAGCGGAGAAGGAGAAAACCUGUCCGAAGCCCAUCAACGUUUUUGGUGUUGCGCUGGGCGUCGUCGUCAGCACCGUAAUCAUCGGUUUCCUGAUUCUCCUCAUUUGGAAGAUCGUCACGAUGAUCCACGACAGGAGAGAAUACGUCAGGUUUGAGAAGGAGCGCGCCCUCGCCAAAUGGGACAGGGGGGAGAAUCCACUUUACAAACAAGCGACGUCGACUUUCUCUAAUCCGACAUUCGACAGAAAUACUUAGAAUGAGUAAUUUAUAAUAAUUUUAUAGAUCCUGAUCUUGUGAUAUUAUAAACUAUGAAAAUAAAUGACGCCGAUUGUGCCUCGUGUAUUGAAACUCCAAAA